GACGACUCGGAGGCGUCAGAGGUGGAGAUGGAGGACAAGAAGAGAGGCCCGCGUGAUCUGAAGCAUUCCGGGGUCGACAGCCGGCAUGUGGACCGAGAGAAGGUCAUGCGUGCCUUCCGACAGCGGGAUGACAAGGCGGUGGCCGAGUUGAACGACGAUGAGCUGCAAGCGCUGGCAGAGCAGGUGCAGCUUCA